AUGGCCGCCGAUGCGCAGCCGACACCCCAGGUCCCUCCCGAUGGCCUUCUGUCUCCCCCCCCAGACCUCAACCGUGUCCCAUCGUCCGCCGCUAGUGUCCUUCUGCCUCUGCCUCCCCCGAGGAGCGAACCGCUGCUUCCGGGGGGGCGUUUGGAAGACUCGGUAAGGCGUCGUGUCGAAAAGGAGCUCACAAAUGUAAGCCGCCGCUACGUCAAGCGGGGCGGCAGCCCAGACAGGUCAGAUCCCCUACCUGGCUUCACCAGCUUUGAAGAGGUGUGUCGGGAGCUAGACAGCCUUGUGGAUGUUUUGUGGAAGACAGCAACUCCGAGCUUGCAAAUACCGCUUCUCCUGCGACUCGGGAGCGACUUCACGCAAUAUGUUGCGUCCUUUCCUCCAGACCCGCAGUUUAGCUUCGCCCUCCUCGGCAAGCUCGACCACUGCUUCGCCAGCCUCCUCGCCGGCAAAGACAUCGAUUCCGGAGCGCUUCUGCCAGGCCUCCAAACGGGCCCGCAGGCAGGCAUGAGCGUCACCGAUAUGGUCCGGUGCCGUAGUCUUGUGGAGCAGACCCGCCUUCUCAUGGCCGAGGUGAUGAGCCAUGAGCUGAGCGAGAGCGGAAGCGGAAGCGGAAGUGGAAGCGAAGGCGAGGGCAACGAUGAAGACGACGAGGAAGGCAUGGACGCCGACGAUGCCGAGGCGGACAUUUACCUGGGCACGGCUCGUGUGUAUGAGAAGACCAUCGUUCAGCUGGGACGUCGGCUGGGAGAACCGCUGGUUGAUGAGAAUGCGCCCACAAACGUCCUGCCGAGCCCUACAUGUCCGGCCUUGGCCUAA